AUGGCAGCUUGGCUUACCUCUGAAUACCUGGAGGCUGCACUGCGUCGGCAUUACCAGAACAACCAACUUGAAGUAGAAUUGGUGGAUGUAAGGCCCGCUUUGGGAAAGGGAGAGAAUUAUGGUGCCAUCCUAUCACGUAUACGCCUUGUGUACAACACUGAACUGGGCGACAGAGUUGAGGAGCAUCUGAUGGCCAAGACCAUUUUAGAAAACGAAGAUGCGGAGACCAGGGAAAAGAAAGCUCCGUAUGAUAUUUACAACAGGGAGCUGGAGAUUUACGAGCAGGUGUUGCCCAAACUGCAGAAAUUAGCAGGCGAACAACUAUGCCCGAAAGUUAUACACAUAGAUCGACAGAAAGGAGCCCUAAUAAUGGAGGACUUGAGCUAUAGAGGAUUUGUGAUGGCCCCGCGACUCCAGAGAUUGGAUGAGCAGCAUGUGAGUCUGGUUCUCAGAAAACUGGCCAAAAUGCAGGCUGCUUCGGCGGUUUUAGAGGAAAGAUCAAACGAGAAUCACUUCUCUUUAACCAAGUACGAUCGCGGCUUCUUCAAUCGCUAUACUGAAAGCUUUGGUGCCUAUUUUUUAGGCUGCCUAAUGUCCUGUGCCAGUUACCUGAAAACCCAGUUAGGUUACGAAAGGCAAGCCAAACUUUUAGAGGAACUUAAACCGCAUUAUAUGGCCUUGGGACUUCGCUGCUUUAAGCCCGAGGAGGCGCACUUUAAUGUGCUCACCCACGGCGAUCUGUGGACAAACAACAUGAUGUUCAAGUACGAGGCGGGCGUGCCGAGCGAUGUCCUUCUGAUUGACUUCCAGUACGCCUUCUGGGGCUCGCCCACGCUGGACAUUCAUCAUCUGCUCAACACGUCGGCCGUGGAGCGAGUGCGAGGCGUCGAGCUGCAAAUUAAGAUGAGGUGUGUCUACCACGAUGUCUUCGUCAGGGAGCUGCGGCGGAUGGGGUUCAAAGGUCGAAGGUUGCCCAGUCGAAAGCAAUUUCACCUGGAGUCGGAGCAAAAGCGCUUCUACGCUGUUCACUGCGGUCUGCUCCUGCAACCCGUGCUGCUAAACACCGAUGAAACGGAUGCGGAUUUCGCGGCCCUGCUUUCAGACCAGCCUCGUGGAAUGAACAUGAAAAGACGGCUGUAUCUCAAUCCCAGCAUUCAGGACUCCAUCAGGCGGCUGGCGGAGCAGUUCGAGCUCGAAGAACUCCUGGACCCGCGGCAAUACGAAGGCCUAUAA